AUGCGUCUUCAAGAUACUUACAGGCUCGACACCGCAGAUAUAGCCAAUGGCAAGAUUCUGACUGCAAAGCAGACUGAAGGUUUUACAGCGAAUGACUGCUAUAAUAUCGGUCGCCAUGCAUACACAGCAGAAGAUUACUACCAUACAAUAUUGUGGAUGGAAGAGGCCAAGAAACGUUUGCCGAAGGAGUCUGAUUCACAGCCAUUGUUAGAGGAGAUCCUUGAAUAUCUUGCAUUCGCGCUCUACAAGCAAGGCAAUCUGAAAAGAGCGUUGCAAACCACUGAGGAACUUACUAAAUUGAAUCCUCAACAUGCGCGUGCUAGAAACAACGUGAAGUGGUACCAGGAUUUAUUGGUGAAAGAUGGUGUUAAGCCUAGUGAUCAUCGUAGGAAUAUUCCACCACUGGACAAUCAACGACCUGAUGAUGGCAUGAAGGAUUCUGAGAGGACGAUUUAUGAAGCACUCUGUAGAAACGAAGUACCAGUGAGUGUCAAGGCUACCUCAAAAUUGUAUUGCUACUAUAAGAUGGAUCGUCCAUUCCUGCGUUUAGCACCGUUUAAAGUUGAAAUUGUGCGAUUUAAUCCGUUGGCUGUGCUCUUCAUCGGUGUCAUAUCGGAUGAAGAAGUUGAACGAAUACAAUUAAUAGCAACCCCUAAAGUACGUAUUCAUUUCCUGUGA